AUGACUCCCGCGGCGCCCUGGCCCUCACUUUACUGGCUUCCUGUCACCCCUCUUAACUGCCGUCACUGCCUCGUGCCCCACACAGGCCUCCACACCCGUCAGCAGCCGCAGGUCUCUCCCUCGAAAAACUCGUGUCAGUUUCUUCACGGCAGCAUCCACAGAGAACCGGAGAAUUUUAAGGUGUUACGUAGCAGCGUGCCGUACUGCCUGGUGGUGGCGCUGCCUCUCCUGCUGCUGCUGUCUCCAGUGCCUGUAGACGCUGCUGCUGAGUUCACAGUGUAUCGCCUGCAGCAGUACGACCUCCAUGGCUCAGCACAUGGUCAGCACCCACUCUCUGUUGACUCUUUGCCUCUUGCUGUGUCUGGGGUGCUGCGGCGCUGCUCAUCCUGCUGCCGGCCAACAUCACCGCUCUCACCGAGGGAGCACCACAUGCUGGUGCGGGAGGUUGAGGCGGCCAUGCUGGAGGCGGACACACAGAUGGCAGUGUACCUUGCCCAUGAGACUCAAGAGCUGCUGCACAUCUAUGAGUCAGUGCGCACCGCCACCAACACUGACUCAGCAACUUCGGCUGCUGCAGCCUUGAUGAGUUCACUGUCCACCGAUGGCUACCAGAUUGUGGUGGGCGGCAGUCAGUCCAAGCUGGUGCCAGACAUGACCAUCGCCAACAUUCAGGGAAAAUUGAGUGGUUAUGGUGUGGAGGAACAGCUGCCAACAAUAGCAAUAGUGGCGCACUAUGAUGCCUUUGGAGCAGCACCGGAGUUGGCGUGGGGUGCAGACAGCAAUGGGUCAGGUGUGGUGGUGCUGCUGGAGCUCGCACGCAUACUGUCACGCCUCUAUGCCUCACCACGCACUCACCCUCGCCUCAACCUGGCCUUCCUCCUCUCUGGGGGAGGCUACAUCAACUACCAGGGGUCCAAAAGGUUCCUGGAGGACCACCUGGAUGCCUCAGACUCACCACUGCUCUCAGAGACAUACUACACCCUGUGCCUGGACACCCUGGGCAGUGGUGACGCCCUCAGGCUGCACGUGUCCAAGCGGCCCAAGGAGACUUCCCCGGGGCACAGUUUCUACCAGGCCCUGGAGGAGGAGGGCAGCAAGGCGGGCCUAGUGGUGGAGAUGGUGCACCGCAAGAUCAACCUUCAGGAGGAUACACAGGCCUGGGAACAUGAGAAGUACAGCAUGAGGAGACUGCCAGCCUUCACUCUCUCCAGGCUGCAGGGACCCAAGACUGGAGAGCGCGGCAGCAUCCUGGACACACGGGGACACAUUGACGUGGCGGCGCUGACCAGGAACACUGAGGUAGUCGCCUCAGCGCUGCUGAGGCACAUCUACAACACCUCUGUGGAUGGCAUCUUUGACAAUGGCCUGGGUGAGUCAUGCUGGAAGAUAGAUAGGCAAAUAGACAAGAGAGCUGUGUCUGAGAAGAGCAUCCUGUCGUGGCUGGAUCUUAUCACCUCACAGCCCCGCUCCCCUCAGUUGCUUUCUGGCAAGAACAGUCCCCUGGUCACCACCCUCCACCAGAUACUCAGCAGAUACACUAACGAGGCGCGGAUCACCUACCUCAAGGCCGACAAACGUGAUCCCGAGUGGGUGUUCUAUGAUGUGACGAGGGCCUCCAUGGCUGCCUAUGCUGUCAAGCCUGCCGCCUUUGACUUCCUUCUAACCCUGGGCAUCCUGGCAUACCUUGGGGUGAUCUAUGUCUUCCCUCCAGGUGGGUGCUUGUCCCCCUCACGGUUUUUACUGCUAAUGUGAGGGUCAGUUAUGUGCCAAAGAUAUUAUGGCAAGAUUGAAUGUGUAUUGAUAUUUUGAGAUUUGUUAAUAUUGCAGGGACAGUUUGCUUAUGUCAUGUUUUCCUUGUGCUAAAGUAGAGGUUAUGUUUGACAUUGAAAGGAAAAGUAUGCUUAUGUCAUCUUUUCGUAAUGCUAAAUAUAAGAUUCAUGUCAUGUUCUUUAUUAUCUUACAAGGUUUAUUAUGUAGUGUAAUUCCUAGGUAUGUUAGCACUGAAGGGUUGAAUGUUAUGUUCUAUCUUAACACUGAAGUAAAGUUUCAUGCUAUCAGUGCUUAGAGAAUUGGUUAUAGACUGAAAUUUUUAGUUAUAUUAGCAUUAAAGUUAAGUAAUUGUAUACGUAGCUCAGUUUUCUUUGUUGUUUUCAACUGACUGAUGUUUUUGGAUGCUCUGUGCCAUUAUUCUUAACACAUUAGAGUGUGGUUACUGACUGUUUCUCAUCUUGCAGUACUUCCCCAAGCUGUAUGUGAUGAUGGUGCGUCUGGCCUCCCCACACAAGACCAAAGCCCACUAGGUCACUGUGUGUGUGUGUGUGUGUGUGUGUGCGCAUUCUCCCCAAACACUGAAUAAGGUAACAGUUGCAAAGUCCCAGAAAUGUGUCAAGAAAACCUGUAACCAGUAUUUUGUACACUAUUGUGAUAUAUUGUGUCCAGUAAGUCCAGGGUUGUUCUCUAAUGAGUUGCUUGUAAUGAAGUGUGAGGUUUUAUAUACUUUUCUAUCAUUAUAUUUUUUUGUCUGUAAUCUCAUCACUCAUGUGGCACCAGGUGGCUUGCGUGUUUCCUGUUGCUGCCUCCUGGUGUGUGAAAUUACCAUCUUUAUUUCUUGUGUUUGUUUGUGUUCUUGUGUAUUGGGAGGGAGAAAAGGGACAAAAGCUGACGAAGUGAUGUGUGUGCCUGAUUAACUCGUCCUCCUGUGUUCGUAUGUGUGUGUGUGUGUUUGUGUGUGUGUGUGUGUGUGUGUGUGUGUGUGUGCAUUCAUGCAUGUGUACUGAAGGGCAAAAAAGACAGGUUUUUACUUGUGUAUAAAUCUGCAUUAAAUGAAAUUAAUUUUUGUCUA